GGGAGGCUGGGCACAGCUGUGCCCGCUCCAGGUGCUGCCUGGCUGGGUGAUGCCAGCUCCCUGCCAAGGCUUGCUGCUCUGGCCCGGAUCCGCGCUAAUUCAGCUGUUCUCACUCGAGAGCACCUGGGCUCUGUUCCUCCUCCUCCUCCUCCUCCUCCCCAGCCUUCAGCGUGGAAGAUGGCGGGUGGCGUGGACGGCCCCAUAGGGAUCCCGUUCCCGGAUCACAGCAGCGACAUCCUCAGCAGCCUGAACGAGCAGAGGAACAACGGGCUGCUGUGCGACGUGGUCAUCCUGGUGGAAGGCCAGGAGUUCCCCACCCACCGCUCCGUCCUGGCAGCGUGCAGCCAGUACUUCAAGAAGCUCUUCACCUCAGGGUUAGUGGUGGACCAGCAGAACGUGUAUGAGAUAGACUUUGUGAGUGCGGACGCCCUGUCGGCGCUGCUGGAGUUCGCCUACACCGCGACCCUCACCGUCAGCACUUCCAACGUCAACGACAUCCUCAACGCCGCCACGCUGCUGGAGAUCCCGGCCGUCAGGGAUGUCUGCACGGAUCUCCUGGAGAGGAAGAUUCUGGCCAAAAAUGACCAGAUGGAUACAGUAGAUCAAAUUGAUCAGAGGAACCAUCUCAGAGCAAAAGAGUACCUGGAGUUCUUCCAGAGCAACCCCGUGAACGGCCACCAAGGCAACUUUCCGUGGACCAACCCAGAGUUGAGAGACCUUCAGAGACUGAACUUCCGAGGCCAAGAGGAGGAGGAGGAGUCGAACUGCAAUGGCCUGGACUUCUACUCGCAAGCCACCCCAACCGAAAGACCAAAGGCAAGUGACUGUGACCCCGACAGCAACCCGGCCAUGUGGCUGGACCGCGAGGACGAGGAGCCGGUCAGCGGCGGGAUGUUCUCCCCUUCCCAGAACGGACAUUACAGCAGCCGUGGCUUGGCCACCCCGGGAGAAGAGGAGGGGGGCACCCCCAGGGGCCCUCUGGACCCGCAGGAAGCCGGGGACUCGCCCAGCUUCAUGCCCACGGGCACGGAGACGGAGGACGAUGCCAGGGAGGUGGAUGACCUGGCCGCCAGCGCCCUGCUCCAGCAGAUGAUCAACUCGGUGGGGCGGCAGCAGCUCGGCGACGACGACCGCAAGGACGAGGACGGGGUCAUGGAUUAUUACUUGAAAUAUUUCGGCAGUUCCAGCGAGGGCGACGUGUACCCGUCCUGGUCCCAGAAGGUGGAGAAGAAGAUCAGGGCGAAAGCAUUCCAGAAGUGCCCCAUCUGUGAGAAGGUGAUCCAGGGCGCCGGGAAGCUGCCGCGCCACAUCCGCACCCACACCGGGGAGAAGCCCUACGAGUGCAACAUCUGCAACGUCCGAUUCACCAGGCAGGACAAGCUGAAGGUGCACAUGCGGAAGCACACGGGGGAGAAGCCCUACCUGUGCCAGCAGUGCGGCGCCGCCUUCGCCCACAACUACGACUUGAAGAACCACAUGCGGGUGCACACGGGGCUGCGGCCGUACCAGUGCGACAGCUGCUGCAAGACUUUCGUGCGCUCCGACCACCUGCACAGGCACCUUAAAAAGGAUGGAUGCAACGGGAUCCCGUCGCGGAGGGGCCGCAAGCCGCGGGUCAGGGAGGCGGGCGCCAUGCCCCCCACGCCCACGGGCAGCGCCGAGGACGGCGGCGGCGCGGCCGAGCCCGAGGACACGGCGCAGGGCGGCGAGGAGCAGCAGCAGGAGCAGCACUUUGAGGAGAAUUCCAAUAACGAAGCGCCGGGAUUGAAUGUAGCAGGAGGGUCGGAUGAGGGUAACGCGCAAGGACUCUCCUAAACCAAAAAAAACAAAACAAACAAAGCAACCCCGACCGGUGAAACGAUGAAAGAACCACCUGAAAAACAAAGUCACAAAAUCUAGUUAGUACUUUUCCUCCGAUUUUUCUCUUUAAAAGAUGUUUCUCUCCCUUUUUUUAAGGAAAAAAAAAAAAAGCGACAAAAAAAAGAAAAAAAAAAAAGAGAGAUAUUAUAUUAACGUUUUCCAAUCUUCCCAUCGUAAGCGGGGCUCUCCCCCGAGGAUCCCUCAUAGCCAAGGACCUUUUCUUGGAAAGGCAAGGACGCUAGGGAAGCACCAGGUGGGGAUGGAAAGUGGCUCUGUCGCAUGGAAAAGAGCUUCCAUGUAAAUCCAAAGCUUUAUUUUGUGUCCAAACACAUGUUUAAAAAAAAAAAAAGAAAAGAAAAAAAAACUUAUUUCAGAGAGAGAUCUAUUUAAAAAAAAAAAAAAGGAAAAAAUAGAAAAAAAAAAGGAGUGGUAGGAGUUGGAAGGGCUGUGGCAGGGCGGGGUGUGGGAUUUGGGGGCCGGGGGCUCCUUCCCAGGAGAUGGGGGUCAGGAUUUGGGGUCUGUCCCCCCCAGCCCCCUGCGAGGCUCAGUCGGGCAGCGAGGGCUCGGGGUGGGGAAAAAAAAUUGCUGGAAAUUGCUGGAAAAAUUGCCUAAAAAACAAAACAAAAACAAAAAAAAAAAUCAUGUGAGAGAGGGCAGCAGGUUCGGCAGGGUUUGUGUCGGGCACCCGGGGCUGGGGACACGAGCUGGGGACACCAGGUGGGGACACGAGGUGGGGGCAGCAGGGGUGGCUCAGCCGCGCCGUGGAUUCUGUGUCCACCCCUCUGUCCAUCCCUCUGUCCAUCCCUCUGUCCCUCCCCAUGUCCCCACAUCCGUCCCCACCCCGCGGUGCCCAGGAAGUGCCUGAGUCAGCCCAGCCCCCGCUGCCGGCAGAAUUUGGGGCUGGGGGGUCCCAAAUCCUCCCCCUCCCCCCCCAGGGAAUUUUUCUUUCCCUCCCCCCCAGGGAAUUUUUUCCCCCCACCCCCCCAGGGAGUUUUUCCCUCCCGCUGCCCCAAAAACGCCUCCCAAUCCCUUUGGCAGAAAAGUUCUUUGGGGUCUCCCCUAAAGGAGCAGGAGGCCUUUGGGAGGGGGAGCAGCCUCGGCCCCCCAGCCCCAUUCCCAAAAAGAAAAGAAAAGAAAAAAUAUAUAAAUAUAUAUCUAGAGAUGCUCUAUGGCUGGAGAGGCGGGUCCCGACCCUCGGGGGGAAAAGGCACCUUUGAGUUGGUCACCUGUUUUCUAAAUGCACAUUUUUAAAUGCUAAAAAAAAAGAAAAAAAAAGAAAAAAAAAUAGUAAAAAACCAGAGAGAUUUUAAGCCCUUUUAUUUUCAAAGCACUUUUUAGAUUCUCUUCCUUUUAUUUUAAUUUUUUUGUUGGUUUUUUUGGGUUUUUUUCCUUUUUUUUUUUUUUUUUUUCUUUUGGUGUUUUUACUUUCAAAAGAAAAAAGCAAAGAGCAGGUUUUGGCCGAAUGUAUUUUGGAGAGGGAGUGAGAGGGGAGUGUGUGCUGGGGGGUGGGGUGAGUGGUGGGGCUGGGGGAAGAGAUGGAUGUUUAUUUAAUGCAGAAAAACAAAAAAAAGCAAUAAAAAAUUCCAAAAAAAAGCUUAAAAAUAAUAAUAAAAAAAAAAAAGAAAACAAAGAAGUCUUAGCACUUUGCGAUGGAACGGGUACUUUGAGCUCACUUUAUCUUAAUUUAAAAAAAAGCAAGAUUCAAGAUGUUUACAAGUCAAAAAAAAACUUUAAAAAAAAAGACUUCUACGGAGAAAAAAAAUAUUAUUAAAAAAAAGCCUAAAUUUAUUUUUGUAAGAAAAAAAAAUGUGUAUAUAUAUAUAUAUAUUUAACAAAAAAACCUAGAAAAAAAUACAAAUAGAGGCAGAAUCCAAGUGAGAUUGGAGGAUGGGAGGAAGAUGCUAAUUAGGUUCUGUGACAUGCCCUGACCCUCGGGAAUUUUAAAUAGAAAAAAAAACCCAUGGAAGCUUGAAUUUUAGGCAGGAAUCCUGGGGGUUGUGGCUCGCUCGCUGCUCCCCACAGCCUUGAGGAGGUUCUUUCUUUGUUUGGGGUUGUUGUUUUUUUUUUUUAAUUAUUUUUUUGUAGAAAUAAUUUUAUUUUUUCGAUGUUUUUUUUUUAGCCAGUGCCAGCACAGAGGUGUUGGGAUCCCUGUGGAUUUGGAAAAAUCCCACCUGGAGCAGGGGAAUUGGGAUUUGAGCUUGGAAAUUGGGAUCUGGAUAGGGAAAUUGGGAUUUGAGCUGGGAAAUUGGGAUCUGGAUAGGGAAAUUGGGAUUUGAGCUGGGAAAUUGGGAUCUGGAUAGGGAAAUUGGGAUUUGAGUUUGGAAAUUGGGAUUUGAGCUUGGAAAUUGGGAUCUGGGCUGGGAAAUUGGGAUUUAAGCAGGGAAUUUGGGAUCUGGGCUGGGAAAUUGGGAUUUGACCUGGGAAUUUGGGAUCUGGACAGGGAAAUUGGGAUUUGAAUUAGGAAAUUGGGAUUUGGGUUUGGAAAUUGGGAUUUGAGCUGGAAAAUUGGGAUUUGAGCAGAGAAAUUGGGAUCUGAGCUGGGAAUUUGGGGUCUGGGCAGGGAUUUGGGGUCUGGGCAGGGUCCCAGCUCCAGCCUGGGCUGGGCUCGGGGUCCCUCCAGGGCUGAGAUUUCCCGGGAAGGAUCCGGAGGGAUCCCCAAUCCCAGGGAUUUGUGUCCCCCCAUCCCCCCUUGGGCAGGAAAUUGGGGAUCCCAGCUCCCUGUGCCUCACAUCCCCCCCGAGCAGGGAUUUGGGGUCUGGGCUGUGAACCCCACCGGGAAGGGGCCAAAUCCCAGCUGGAAUUUGGGGCUCUGGCAGCGCUGGCUGAGCUUUUUUGGGAAUAUGCAAAGAAAAUUCCGGGGGGAUUUGGAAAGAGAGACUCGUGGAGGUUCCCUGCUGUGCUCGGGGUGGUGGUGGCUCCUCUUGUCCCGUUUUUGGUUUUAUUUUUUUCCCUUGGGAUUUUCCCACCCUCGCUGCUGCUUUUCCUUCCCCAAUCCCAAAGGAAUUUUUCCCAAUCCCAAAGGAAUUUUGGGGGUUUUGGGAAAGCAGCACCGGGAGGGGGCGAAGAGGGUGGGAUCAUCCAGGUGUGCAGGAAAGGGGGGAAAAUGUGGGGGAAAAAAAGGGGGAAUGAUAAAAAAAAAAAAA